CCAUUCGAUACCGCGACACGAUUCCGUUUCUUAUCGCGAGCGCCGAUUAAUAUCGCGUGUGCGUUCGCGACGGUGUCUCGAGUGCCGCGGAAUCAUGAUUUCCGCGCCAUAGAAUCGGAACUUUUUUCCGUCACGAGUUUGAGUGUCUGGGAACUUGGAAAGUGUACGCACGCGAACCAACGAACGCGGUACCUUUUAUUUUCCUCUCGUCUUUUCGCAUCGUUGGACCAGGAAACAUGUACUCCGACGGUCACGAGGUGGACGGCAGCUGGGUGCUGCGCGUGUACGUGACCGAUCUUCAAACGGAGAGAAGCUUGCGAGUAAAAGGAGAGCUGCACAUCGGCGGUGUCAUGCUGCGCCUGGUCGAGGAUCUCGACAUCGCCAUGGACUGGUCCGAUCAUGCACUCUGGUGGCCCGAGAGGAAUCAUUGGCUGAUCAGAACGAGGAGCACCCUGGAUCAGUACGGCGUGGCCGCUGACGCGCGUCUUCACUUCACGCCGAUGCAUAAGACGCUUAGGGUGCAGUUGCCUGACAUGCGCUCCCUGGAUUGUAAGGUCGACUUCUCUGUUAAGACGUUCAACGCUGUCAUCAACCUCUGCAAAGAAUUAGGUAUAAGACACCCAGAGGAGCUGUCGUUCUGCAAGCCGCUCGAACCGAACCACCUGAAAUACAAUUUGAAAGACCUCCCAGUGAAGAAGAAGAUCGAGAACCAGAAAAACGGCCACUGGAACGUGCCCGCGGACACAAACACCUUCAUUCCCGUCAGCCAGAGUCCCAGGGGAUCGACGGGGAGCCUGGACCAGAGCAGCCCGUUCAUGUGCGCGCCAGUCACACCCAACAACAGAAAUCACAGCACUCCGAUCAGCUCGCCAGUCUCUCAAACCGGUACGUGGAAGAGGAACAACAACUCUUCGGGUUUCGGUAGCACCGGCUCGUUCAAUGCGAACAACAGCACGAUGAGCCUGGAGGCGUUAAACGGAGGACUGUCGGAGUCCCUGGCUCAGAGUCCCAGCUCGAUAUCCUCCGAGGUGCGGGCGAAGCUGGUCAGGCCGAAGAAUCUCGUGGAACGCGCCAGGAUGAACGUCGCCUGGCUCGACUCGUCUCUGUCCAUCAUGGAGCAAGGCAUCCGCGAAUUCGACACCCUCAGGCUGAAGUUCAAGUUCUACUCCUUCUACGACCUGAACCCGAAAACUGACGCGGUCAGAAUCAACAUGAUUUACGAACAGGCCAAGUGGCAGCUGCUGGCGGAGGAGAUGGACUGCACCGAGGAGGAGAUGCUCAUGUUCGCAGCUCUACAGGUGCAAGUGAAUCUGCAAGCCAGCGUGCCGCAGCCGAGUUACGACAGCAACGGCGCCUCGUCGCCCGUCGAGGACGACAUUGACGCGGCCUUGACGGACCUCCAGGUCACCCUGGAGGGCAGCAACAUCAGCAACGGGCCCAGCGACAUCACCCAGGUCCCCGAGCUCUGCGACUACCUGCGCUUCCUCAAGCCCAAGCGUUUCACCCUGAAGGCGUUCAAACGCUACUGGGUCACCUGCAGGGACCUUCAGCUGAGGCUGUACAAGACCAGGGAGGAGACGAGCAGCGAGUCGCCUGCCAACGUGAUCAGCCUGCGUGGAUGCGAGGUCACGCCCGACGUUCAUCUCUCGCAAGGACGCUUCGGCAUCAGGCUCGAGGUGCCCAGUGCCGAGGGCAUGACCGAGAUGUGGAUCAGAUGCGACAAUGAACAACAAUACGCGAAAUGGAUGGCAGCGUGCAGACUAGCCGCGAAGGGCCGCACCCUUGCGGACGCCUCCUACGAGAGCGAAGUGGACAGCAUCGCAGCCUUCCUGCAACUGCAGAGGCCUGCACCCGCGCCUGCGAUCAAUCCAAACUCCCUCGACAUCGUUCCAGAGGAUUACGUUGCCCCACGAUUCGCUAAGAAGCUCAAGGGAAAGUUGGUUCAGAGGAUCCUGGAGGCCCACGCCAACGUCAAGGACCUGCCCUUGAUCGAAGCUAAAUUGAACUACAUAAAAGCUUGGCAAUCCCUUCCCGAGUACGGUAUUUCCCUCUUCGUGGUCAGAUUCACCGGGAAAAGCAAGGACGAGUUGCUGGGCAUCGCUAACAACAGACUGAUGCGAAUGGAACUUCACAGUGGCGAUCACUUGAAGACGUGGAGAUACAACACCAUGAAGGCAUGGAACGUGAACUGGGAGGUGAAGCACAUGAUGGUGCAGUUUGAAGAGGGAAACAUUAUCUUCGAGUGCCAGUCCGCUGAUUGUAAAGUGGUCCACGAAUUCAUCGGCGGUUACAUAUUCCUGUCGAUGCGAUCGAAGGAAGCGAAUCAGACGUUGAACGAGGAGAUGUUCCACAAGUUGACCGGGGGGUGGGUUUAAGAAAUCGCCGAACGUGGACGAAUAAAUCUCUUUCUAACGGGUCGAAACACUCGACGGAGCGUUUACUUUGUUGUCACUUUGGGUCAGAGGAAACUCUGAUCUGGUAAUCGACGCGACACGCUUGUUGGUUGACAUUUGUAAAAAUACUUAAAUCUACACUUAGAGACGCUUUAUUAUAGUAUUUGUAAAUAGAAGAUCGCGUCGUCUUGAACCGCCGCGCUCGUAGGGGGCGCCAUGUUUUAUUUCACGCGUAGGAGGUCUGUAAUUUUAAUAUACGGUUGAUGGCUACUUUUGCACAUGACAGGAGAGUAGUAUGCAGUUCUCGACCGUCGAAAUCCUGCAAACGGAAUACGAGGGUAUAAUGUAUUAGGUAAUCGAGUGAAACACGCACAACGAUCGACCCGCGAACGAGCAAACCGCGCCCUUUUGUACACGCGACGCCGUUGAUUAAGGUCAUGAACGAAUUAACGUUUCUGCAGCGGCCAGCGCGUUCCCCACCCUCUGGCCUCGACCUCGCUGGACGUCGUUCUGGAUGAUCUUUUUCGGUUUGCCAGGUCGAUCUCUCUCGGGCGAAUAACAUGUAUUUUUUCACAGCAUGGGGUGCUAUGCCGGGAGAGAUCGACCUCGAGACGCGGCGACCCCAUCGAAUCGUGUAAAUUAUUUGUUGUUUUAAUGUAAACUAUAUAUAUAUUAAAAUAUAUUUACUUGUACCGUUG